AUGGUGUUUGGUGGUACUUCUGCCAAACUUGUCUCCGAAUUUGCAAAGAUUAUGGAGCAUGAGUUUGAGAUGUCUAUGUGUGGUGAACUACCGUACUUUCUUGGCUUGCAAGUUGCUCAAUCUCCUGACGGGAUAUUCCUAUCUCAAUCUAAAUAUGACGUUGCCUUAGUAAAAAAAUUCAGUCUGGAUUCUAAGAAAACUAUAGUUAAUCCCAUGAGUACCUCCACUAAGCUCCAUGAAGACUUAGAUGGUAUGGUUCGUACGAAGAAGACUGCUCGUCUGAGUGGCAAUCCUCGUCCCUUAUGUUUUCCACCGCCUCCACCUCUUCCUGCUCCUCUUCCACCUUAUCCUGAACCUAUCAUGCCUGUUGUAGUUCCUACUGCCAUUCAACGUUCGCCACAGUCUCAUGUCACUCAAACUGAUCAUCUUAUUACCAUGUACUUUGUUUUACAAGUACUUGACGAAAGGUGUGGAAUGACAAAGGGCGAGAUUGAAGGUAUUUAUCAUUCCUCACCUUCUCCUAGGUGCACUAGGAAAGCAUCUGUUUUGUAUGUUUAUCUCGAUCCUAUGUUUAAAGCUUGGAUUGAGAUCUUGUUUGGUUAG